AAGGGAUUGUGAGUGGCAAAGAAGACCAAAUCCACCAUCAGCAUUCAUUCUGCAAGCUACAGUAAGAGACGGUUUGUGUGAAGAUGUGGAGGUUAGCAUGCUUCACUUUGGUCCUGCUUCAGUGUGUUACAGGUUCACUUUCUCAGUUGAAUGUUUGUGGUCAAGCCCCUCUAAACUCCCGUAUAGUGGGUGGUCUAGAUGCCCCUGAGGGGGCAUGGCCAUGGCAGGUCAGUUUGCAUAGCUCCACCUAUGGAGGUCAUUUUUGCGGAGGAUCACUCAUCAACAGUGAAUGGGUGCUGACAGCGGCUCACUGUUUUAAUAGUGUCAGCAUUUCUACUCUGCAAGUUUACUUGGGAAAGAGUACACAGCAGGGAGUUAAUGCCAAUGAAAUCAAAAGAAAUGUCACCCAGGUCAUCACUCACCCCUCCUACAACAGCAACACAAAUGACAAUGACAUCACUCUGCUGCACCUAUCCUCCCCAGUCACCUUUAAUGACUAUAUUAGACCUGUGUGUCUGGCAGCCCAGAACAGUGUCUUUGCUGCUGGCACCAGCAGCUGGAUCACAGGCUGGGGAGAUGUUACAUCUGGAGUGAGCUUAUCUGCUCCUGGGACUCUGCAGGAGACUAUGGUUCUAGUAGUGGAUAAUUCUCAGUGUAAUAAUCUUCUUGGUGCUGGAUCUGUCACCAAUAACAUGAUAUGUGCUGGUUUACUGCAGGGAGGCAAAGACACCUGCCAGGGGGACUCUGGAGGGCCAAUGGUGAGCCAACAUUGUUCAGUGUGGGUUCAGUCUGGUAUCACCAGCUGGGGUUAUGGCUGUGCUGACCCCAACACACCUGGUGUGUACACACGUGUGUCCCAGUACCAGAGCUGGAUCAUGAACACCAUCAACCAGAACCUUCCAGGAUUCAUCAACUUCAACACUACAAGCUCAUGCCAACCUACUCCUAAUACCUCACCUGCUUUGAUUACCUUACCACCUCCACCCUUUCAAUUUUCAUUCUCCUGUCGUGGAAGAUGUGGUCAGAAGUAUGACAGCCGCAACCUGUGCAACUGCAAUACUCGCUGCCGUGUAAACUGCUGCAGAGAUUAUAAAAAGCGAUGCAUCAAGGGUGAAAUGAAAAUGUGGAGGUUGACUUGUGUGACUUUGGCCCUGCUCAUAUGCAUCAAAGGUUCACUUUCUCAGUUGAAUAAUUGUGGACUUGCCCCUUUAAACUCACGUAUUGUGGGUGGUGUAGAUGCCCCUGAGGGGUCGUGGCCAUGGCAGGUCAGUUUGCAGAGCUCCACCUUUGGAGGUCAUUUUUGUGGAGGAUCCCUCAUCAAUAGUGAAUGGGUGCUGACGGCAGCACACUGUAUGCCUGGUGUCAGCACAUCCACUCUGCAAGUGUACUUAGGAAGAAAGACACUGCAGGGAGUUAAUAAUAAUGAAAUCUCAAGAAGUGUCAAAACAAUCAUUACUCACCCCUAUUACGAUAGAAACUCCAACAACAAUGACAUCACUCUGCUUCGCCUAUCCUCCCCAGUCACCUUUAAUGACUAUAUUAGACCUGUGUGUCUGGCAGCCCAGAACAGUGUCUUUGCUGCUGGCACCAGCAGCUGGAUCACAGGCUGGGGAGAUGUUAGCGCUGGAGUGAGCUUAUCUGCUCCUGGGACUCUGCAGGAGACUAUGGUUCCAGUAGUGGCUAAUUAUCAGUGUAAUAAUCUUCUUGGUGCUGGAUCUGUCACCAAUAACAUGAUAUGUGCUGGUUUACUGCAGGGAGGCAAAGACACCUGCCAGGGGGACUCUGGAGGGCCAAUGGUGAGCCGGCAGUGUUCAGUGUGGGUUCAGUCUGGUAUCACCAGCUGGGGUUAUGGCUGUGCUGAUCCCAACAGCCCUGGUGUGUACACACGCGUGUCUCAAUAUCAGAGCUGGAUCACGAAAACCAUUGGUCAGAACCUGCCGGGAUUUGUCACCUUCAGCCCCCCAAACUCAUGCUCAUCUGCAAGCCAAAAUUCAAUCUCCUGUAGUGGGAGAUGCAAUGAGAAGUACAGCAUCCUCAACCGUUGCAACUGCAAUACUAGCUGCCUCAAAAACUGCUGCAAAGAUUAUGCACAGCGAUGCACCAUGUGAGAACAUCUUGUCACAUACAUACACUCCAGUCACAUGAUGAGGAAAUUCUACUUCUGGUCAACGUUGCUUUGGAAGCUCUGCAAUAAUUACUAGUACCAAUGCAAACAGCCUACCACAGAACUGCUAACUUCACUCAGGGGUGUGACUGUGAAUGGAAAUUGUUUCCAUUCAACAACAACACUUACCUCUGUUUUUGUAUGAAGUUUCUUUUUCUAUCUUUUUCUUUAAUAAGAUUUAUUGUGAGAAUUGGCAAAGAUUUGCAAAUAUUAAGCACAGUUCUUACAUAGAAAUGUGUCUUACAGUCUCUAAAUCAGCACAAAAUUACUUGAAAUUUAAAUGUAAAAUUUUCUUAAUUUGUGAUCAAUUUGUAAACAUCUCAUGACUUAACAUUUGUUACGUUCUUAUUUUUUUUGUCAUAAAUUUAAAAAGGGCUUGACCACAUCAUUUUUUAAUUAUUCAACAUAUAAAUGAUAAUAUUUCAUGCUAUUCUUGUAUGUGAUCUGUGUUAUAUAACUGUCAUUAAAUGGCCAGCAUUUACUGGA